AUGGCAGAUGAACAUCAGAGUCCUGUACCAGAGUCGAUUCCGGGGAUCCAUGAUGUGAGGAUCCAAACCGGGUCGGAGAAUUUCGGAUUCUCCGUCGACCUACCCGGGAUAAGAAGAGUGGGUCUGAGAGCUGAAAUCGACACUUCUCCGCCAUUCGGAUCGGUUCAGGAGGCGGUGACCCGAUUCGGUGGUCGUGGGUCUUGGGUUCCUUUCAAGCUCGAGGACAAUUUCAAUGGUGAAUUUGACAUAAAGAGAAUGGAAGAGCAUGCAGCGGAGCUAGAGAAGGAUCUGAUAGUGAAAGAGCUGGAGACUCUGGAUGUUCUCGAAGCGCUUGGAUCGACGAAAAGGAUCGUUGAAGAUUUGAAGCGGCAGCUUCAUCAAGAGUCAUUGAGAUCAGCUGAACAUUUAAGCUCGGACAUCAAAGAGAUGAACAAUGAGCAUUGCCGUCACAAUCCCAUGUCAUCAUCAUCUCCUGAUCUGAUCUUGAUGGAACUGAAGCAGGCCAAGAUGAAUCUUGGUAAAACCAUGGACGAUCUCGUGAUGAUCCAGUCCUCUGUUGAAACUCUGAACAAGAAAAUGAAGGAAGAGAAAGACUUUCUUGACAAGACGCGAGCGAAGCUCUCGUAUGGGUUUGGUGGAGCUGUGACUCUAGCUGAGGAGCUGAGCCAUGUAAAGAUGGUUGCUGAAAAGGGUUUGAAUCAGCAGAACAAGAACAGUUUGAGAACUGCGGAGAUGAGACUGGUUGCUGCUAGGAAAAUGGAAGAAGCUGCGAGAGCAGCGGAAGCGCUUGCGAUAGCUGAGAUAGCAAUGUUGUCAUCAUCCAACGGUGAAAGCGAGGAUGAUGGUGAUUCGGAGUUUUGCUUCCCAGAGCCACCGAGAUCACCGUUAACACCGAGAGGACUAAGGAACGUUAAUGACGACUUCUCAAGAAGAGGGGUUUUGAAGAAGCUUGAGGAAGCUAGUGAAGGAGUGAAACAGAGCAAACAAGCUUUGGAAGCUGCGUUAACCCGAGUAGAGAUCGCGAACGUGAAGCAGCUCGAAGCUGAGAACGCUUUCCGAGGUUGGACAAAAGGCGAUAACUUUCCGCCGUUGAAUCAUCAUAAUACACGUCGGUCCUUUUUCAGCCACCUGAACAAGCAGCACGAGCGACUCGACAAUCUGCCAAAGCCGGUGUUGAAGUCUAAUGUCUCAAUGCGUGAUGUUCUGAGGCGUAAGCAAGUUCCAAAGGAAGAUGUUGCUGUUGUUGUCCCCGAGAGGAGGCAGAGCCUUGAAGGGGAGAUCCCGAGGCGGAAUGCGAAUUUGAGCCAAAUGUUGAAGGAGCUGAAGCAUGAUAUUAAGUUUUCGGCGAGGGCAGAGAAAGAGGAGGUGCAUGAGGAGAAACAGUUUGUCACGCAGAGGAGGAAGUUUGGGUUUAUACACAUUACGCUUCCAAUGCAGAAACAGAGCAAGAAAAAAUCCAACCUUUGA